CGUCAGAUUGGAGCGUAACUGCGAGGCUCAGGAACUAUUCUCUACCUGUAAAAUCCAACAAGGUCCGGUGCAGUCUUCCGAAUCCGCCGAAUAUUUCGGAGCCAAUGCAACGGGCAGCUAUACAGACUCGGAAUCUGCUCAAUUAAUAUCAUUAUCGCUGAGAGCUAUCAACCACGUAACAUCCUUUCUGGAUACACUUUAGGCUUUUUUUUACCACCAAGCUAGAAGCUAUCACUGUCCUUAUUUUCGUCAUCAAGAAAAUAGUUGAGUUGUGAGUUUCGUUACAUAAUGGGACAUCACGGGAGCAAAGACGAGACCGAUGGAAAAGGCAACGAAGGAAUUAAACUUCGAGGGCACUACUCGAGUCACAUGACUGGGUUCGUGAACAUAGAUGGUUCCAAGCAUCCGUGCGACUUCACAGUCACCAUUGGGACAGAUGACGUCAUCCAUAUGAUAGAGAAAUCUCCUCGUCAUGAGGCAACGAUCAUCGGUGAGUUCAACUGUGCAGUGUUAUGCAAGGAACCGGUACCAUUUUCUGGUGGCAAGUUCUACGUUGAACGGUCCAGCGAAACCAAUUCGGAGUACGAAAGCAUGGUCUACGAGACGCUGUUGCCUUUCGGAGAGGAGGACUACUUCUUCAAAGGCAUUAGAUCGGCCCGCGAGGACACGUUUGUCGGGAAUGACGCGGGGAAUGACGCAACCGACGUCUCUUCAAUGAGUAUUGUCAUCAAGAAAGGGCCAAGUUUUACGGCUGAGACCUUGACCACUGGCCAUGUCUCCACCUUACUGGCGGAUGUUGCCAAAGAGCUUGCAGGCAUUGCGAUCACAGGACCGGGGGAUGACAAGAAACUGGAAGUAGAGUGGAAAGCCAGAUUAGGAUUCUUUCUUGGUGGUGUUAUCAUCCAUACUAGCAAUAUGUUCUCUCCCACACAGUUCUGUCCCAAAACUUCGGCACGUGAGAGGCGCCCUCUAAAUCUGAAAGGCAUCGAGCCCGAGGUGUACCAUAUCAAGGCCAACGACGGUGUGCCUCUGUUGAUGACUCGCUACAAAUGCGGUAACAAGGGACCAAUCCUGCUCCUUCAUGGACUCUGUGUCACAAGCAGGAUUUUUGCGUUAGAUACAAUAGAUAAGAGUGCCGUAGAGUUCUUCUGCGAGCAUGGGUACGAUAUGUGGGCCCUAGAAAUGCGGUUCUCAGUAGCCCUUCCUUCACAUCGGAAUCCUACUAAAAUGCACGACGCUGCAGAGAAAGACCUACCUCCUGUUGUAGACUUUAUUUUGAAGACAACUGAGUCACCCGACCUCCAGGUCUGGGCACAUUGUGUCGGUUCUCUCACGAUGCACAUGGCUAUGCUUGGGGGCCAUAUUGACGGGAGGAAGAUCCGAUGCUUCGUUGCUUCACAAACCGGAUUCUGCAUCAUCGCAUCAGCCUUGAACCAUGCCAAAGCAAGUACCAGGCUUGAUACCAUCGCCGUUGCAUUCGGAUUCACAGGACUCAAUGCGUAUACAGACAAGAACGAUCACGUGCGAGAAAAAAUGAUGACUUCGGUGGCCAAAACUCUUGCGCGAUCUACACUCGACAAUAAGAACCAGUGCAGUAAUUCGGUAUGUCACAGGAUAACCUCAAUGUUCGGACUCAUGUGGGAACAUCGCAACAUUAAUGACAGUACGCAUGAAACCUUGACCGAAUGGUUUGGCUUCGGACAGAAAGAUUACUAUCACCAUCUCGCUGUCUGCUUCCGGAAGGGACAGUUAACCGACUUCAAGGGCAAAGACAUCUAUACACCGGAUUUCAAGUCGAAGAACCGGCUCCAUUCACCACAGUAUCGGAAGGCCAUGAGUAAGCUGGAUAUACCAAUUUUAUAUCUCGUCGGAUCGUUGAACAGAAGUUGGGAUAUCGAGGCAACGAGGCAGAGCUACAUCAGAUUGAAGGAAGCGAACCCUGAUCAGGACUAUGAGUGGUUCCAGGUCCCUGAGUAUGGACACCUGGAUUGCGUCAUGGGGAAGGAUGCCUCCAAGGAUGUGUUCCCUCGCAUCUUGCCAUUCCUCGAGAAGUACGCCACGCCAGAAAAGGUAUGGCAAGGAGAGGAUGAUGGUGAAUAUUGCAACAGACAGGUAUAGGAAAGAAAACAUAGACUCAGUCACCAAUGUGAUUUUUUUUGUUUUGCAGUGAAUCUAUAUUAAUUUCGAGCAAUGUGAAUUUAUAAUCAAAUGUGAUUAAGUAUCAGAUUUGAAAUUAUGAAGUUACUAUAACCAUAAAUGUAUUGUACAGAGUUAUGAUGUCACACAGCUACAACGGACUUCGCUCACUUUUAUAGAGACUUUUACUUGUUUAAUGAGAUACAAUACAGCAGUAGUUUAUUUAAAGGGUACAGGGCACAUAGUGAAGCACAUUGUUGAAAGUUAUUCAGCAUGACUUUGUUUCGUAGUUUAAGUGGAUAAUGACUAGUAUAGGUGUCAGACAGUCAGACCUUACUUGGUCAGAACCUGUUCAUAAGUAUUGUGAAUUAUAUGUUAGUAGUAUUAGUGGUUAUUUUACCUGACUGCUAAGAAAGCAUAAAUGCUUGUUAGUAGGCAGCCUGAGGACCGACGGCUUUAGGUCUUCUCCGAGGGACCUGGUAAUGAGGAUUAAUUAAUGCCUUAUACCAAAGGGCACUAGAGCAUCGCCUUGGUUUCGAACUCGGGUCGCCGUACUACGAGACCACUCUACCGACUGAGCUAUCGUGCCUCCUCUAGUCUAUGUGUCAGACAGUCAGACCUUACUGGGUCAGAACCAGUUCAUAUUAUUGCAAAUUAUAUUUUAGUGAUACUAACAACUACAUGUAUGUAAUACAAUACUAUCAUCAAUAGAGAUAUACUUUGGGUUGGUUUAAAUGAGGAUAGCUUAUUGCAGGUAGAAUUGGCUAAAUGACCAUACUAUAUAUUUGAUAUGUAGGCCGAUGUCUUAAAUCUUAGGGCGUCUGCAAUAAGAGACACGUUUUCAGUGACUCCUAGCAGUUGCCAUAUACUGAGUUGUUGAGCUGGAUUACAGCUGAGGAUACUCCAGGUAUGAUUGAGUCAUUUAUGUGAAUAUGCUGAUAAAAGAUAAUGGUUAUAUUGGUACUUUUGUUUUUAUGCAAGCGAAAGUUUAAUCAUCAUUUUUAUAGGAAUGUUGAUGUAGUCUUACAUUAUUUGGUAUGGUUGGCUCACUAAUAGGAGAAUGAGUUAUUGUUAGCACAUUGUCACAUUAUUAUUUAUUUCCGUUGUUGAUAUAUUUUUUAUCUUUGUAGUUCUGUGGUUAAAUUGUGGAGAAUGAUGUAUUAGAAGUCGCAGUUAUAUAA